UCGGUAUCCUCGCGGGCCGGGCGCGCGCACCGGCGCCAGCGUCUCUGGCUAGCCCAGAGCAGCGCCGGUGGCUAAGGCUAGACCUGAGGUUGCUGCUAGUGCGCCCUGCACGUGGCGGGGGCCUGGGCCGCGCAAGUGCCAAUCCGCGCGCAGCCCCCCGGGGCUCUCUUCCCGCCCCGCCUCCCCGCUCCCCUCCCCAGCUUCACUUGGCCGAGCAAACCCGAUUCGCGCUUAGAGAGCUGCGGCCGAGCUACAGCCAAGGCAAGCCAGAGCACCACCACCCCCGACCCGGCACCGCCGGGCGGCCCGCGGGCUGUGGGUAUGCUGGCAUGGCAGGACGGAGGGGCCAAGGCGGCUCCCUCCCACCACAAGAUCUCCUUCUCGGUCCUGGAUAUUUUGGACCCGCAGAAGUUCACCCGCACUGCGCUCCCCGCCGCGCGCCUCGCUCCCCGGGAAGCCAAGAAAAGUUUGGCGGAGGUCGAAGCCAGGAAGGACACCAGGCCUGGGAACCGAGUGCGACAGCAGGAGACCUUUGAUACUACUGGCCAAGGCGCCGGUCCAGCGUCCCCCCUGGAGGGUUCCGAGGCCGAAGAGCAAGAGGAGGACGCAGAGGACUCGGGACCUGAGCGCGCUCUGGUGGGCCCCGCGCGCCCCCCCGAGGUCCGGGCCGCGGUGUUGGCGGGUGGAGAGAGCAAAGCGGAAGGCUGUCCCAGCUCUCCAGGUUCCCCGAGGCCCCGGCGCCGGCGAGCUGAGCCCAGCUGCGCCAAGCCGCGGCGAGCGCGCACCGCCUUCACCUACGAGCAGCUGGUGGCCUUGGAGAACAAGUUCCGGUCCACGCGCUACCUGUCGGUGUGCGAGCGUCUGAACCUAGCGCUGUCGCUCAGCCUCACUGAGACACAGGUCAAAAUCUGGUUCCAGAACCGCAGAACCAAGUGGAAGAAGCAGAACCCGGGCGCCGACGGCGCGGCGCAAGGGGGCGGCGGUGCGCCUCAGCCUGGGACGCCGGGUGCGGCAGGGGGCACCGGUACUGGAGGCAGUCCAGGACCCCCAGGCCCUGGCACUCUUUCCUUCCAGACUUUCCCCUCCUACUCCGCAGCCAGCGUCCUCUUCCCGGCCGCCACCGCUGCGGCCUCCUUCCCCUUGUCCGCCGCCAGCGGGACCCCCUUCGCGCCCUUUCUGGGGCCCUCCUACUUGACCCCAUUCUACGCCCCGCAUCUAUGAACCUGUAGUCUCCAGUGCCCCCAGCUUGGCAGGGGUUCACGAGUGAUUGGCAUCGUGGUGUCCCCCCUCCUCACUUUAGAGGGGCUCGGGCGUGCACGGCUCGCCCCCUCCUGGUGCACAGGUGUCUGCGCGCCCCUUUCCUUCCAGCUGCGGAACUCGCCACCAGAGGGCGGGGAGAAGCUGCCUGUCGGCUCCAGCCGCGACCCUUCCAGCGAAGUAGACCCCAGACUACACGCGGGCCACCAAGGGGUCGGGGAAAUUUCCCGACUCCUAAAAUCUCUCCGUUUCUAGACGUUGCUCUUCACUUUCCGUCAGGUUUAAUGCAGUUCAAGGGCUCUCUUUUAAGAGUCAGGAUAUUCGGUGCUGGGCUAACCGAGUUGCCAGAUGGAGAAGGGAGGGGGUGAAGGCUACCAGUGCCAUAGCUCGCACCUAGCAUGGAGUCUUCUAAGUUCCAGCCCACUCAGAAGGGAGGGGCUUUCCCUCUUCCCAGCUCAGUGCUUCUCUCGUGAUACUUGGUUGUUGGCUCAGAUCCAGAGUCCGAACAAAGCUGGAGAGAGCGGGCCCACGGCGCACACACUGCCGCAGCAGAGUGGUCUAUUUUUAAAAUGCAUAAAACAACAUCUCUACGUCUUCAUUUGAGAUUCGGAUUUGGGCAUAGCGCUGUUUCUAACAGACCGCACAGGUUAUUUUCAGGAGAAUGGGUACUUUUUUCUGAGCAGGCCAGAAGUCUGUGGUAGGAAAAGUCCUGCAGUAUUUUGGCUAGACUUGCCUGCUGAACAAGACCGGUUGGCUGCCAUGUACUGCAGGUUUUGAGAACAGCUUGGACAAGCCACAGCAGAGGCCCGUAAAUAGGAUAAUGAAGGGAAUGAUGGGCCACGGAAAUCAUGAAAUCCAUGUCAGUCCGGCUAUUUUGAUGUUCAGUGUUUGAUACAAACUUAAGUCUUUUUAUUUUAUUUUAUUUUAUUUUUUGCUACUGGGGAUUGAACUCAGGGGCACUUUACCA